GCGGGAGAGGGAGGGUAUGAGCGUGCGUUUAUUUGUUUUCGUUUUUUUCGGGUUCUGCUUUGCCAUUCAAAGUGUAUAUUCACGAUUAUUGGCUGAGCAUUGGGCUCGAAAGCGCGUUGCUUCAAUGCAUACAGCACACCAGUUGGGCUAGACGCGAUUUUCUUUUCUGUGUUGUUUUCUUUUAUUAUUAUUUCACUCGGUGUUCUGUUAUUCUGAGUUCGAUUCGAAUGCGAUUUAUUAUUCGUUGAUGUUUUCAUUCAGUUGCAAUACAAUCGCAUCGAUUCAUUGGGUUUCACUGUUGUCAUAAGUGUUUCAGACAACGAUCCAAAUUCUGCGCUCGAGAAAGUAUUCAAACCACGUUUUUUUUGUGGGCAAACUAAUUGAAAAAAUCCAACGAGUUUUUCGAUAAAUGUUCGUUAUACUUUCUGGCCAACGGCAAUAAAUGCAAUAUAAUUCAUUUGGUUGUUCGAAGCAGAAGCGAGUGUAUUUGGUUUUGUAGGUUUCGGUGUAAGAAUAAGUAUUUUCGGACUGUGUAAUCAAAGAGGCUUUGCAAAAAGUACCGAUUUUCAUAGUGCUGUGCAAAGUUAUUCCAAGUUAGUUUGGUAUUCUGGCCGUAAAUUGUCGACAAAUCAGCGUAGUUCACACAAAGACAAUAGCAACAACAAGCAAUAUCGUAAUAACUUCUAAUUACACGCUGACAGUACAAAAGUUAUUGUUAUCACAUUAUUUGAAUACGACGGAAAAUAAAUGGAAAAAAGGCUCGUUUCGUGAUCGGUUCGUGCGCGAAUAGCUUCAAUUUCAUUUGAUUCGAUUAUAACCUUUUAUCUAAAACGCUUUACGAUCCAUAUCGUUGGCCUCUAUUAAAAUUUGGAUGAAGCCAACAUUUGCGUUGCUUAUACACUUUCAUAUUUUGUGUCGGUGUUCCGUCGUUUGCGUGCUAUGCGAUAAAGAUUGAUAAGCGAUAAUCAGUUGUGCGUUUGCGUCAUGAAAAAACAACAGUUCCGAUCAUCAGUUUUUUAGCAGUUGAAAGCAACGAAGAACACGAAUAGAAGCACACCGCGAUGAAUCGAAGUAAAAACAGUGAACAAGUGACGACCACCACAUCGUCGCAGCAACAGCAGCAGCAGCAACAACAACGAAGCGAUUUCAACGUCAUCAAAUCGCUCAAAGAAUUCAAUCGAUCACAAAUAAACAAAAUAUUGUCUAUUGACAACGAUACAGCAUUGGAUCAUGACGUUGGUGGAACGACGCACGAAAGCGAUGAUGUGCCGCAACUGACCGAACCAGCUGGCGUUGCGAAAACGUUGAAAAAGUUUCCAAUUUACUAUGAAUGGGUGCAAACGCUAAUGGAUUACAAUGAAGAGCUCAUGGAAAUUAUCGACAAAAUAAAUUUAAAUUCAGAAACAAAGGCAACGCAUGAUAAUUACGAUUCGAUGAAGUUAAUUGAUUUUGACGUCAAUAAAUACGAACCGGCUCAACAGACCGCAACAUUGGCUCCAUCCUCCUCACCCAUCGAAAACGAAGAGAUUUCGGAACAAAACCAAAAACUAAUCGCCGAGAAUGCCGAUCUGAAGCGACAAAUCACACAUUUAGAGCUACAAAAAGAAGGACUUGAAGAGGCGGCACUCGAAGCACGUGUUCUCGUUUUUGAGGUGGCCGAACGGCACGACACGAUUGUGAAAUUGAAAAAUGAAAUUAACGACAUGGAACAACAGCUCAAGCAGAAAGAUACCCACAUUCAAUUUAAAGACGAAAUCAUCAAAGAACUGCGACAACAACGACGAGGCUAUUCAAGGUGUCCGCACAACUUGGGAAAGACGAAACUCGAUUCAAUUGACAAAGUAGUCGAUUUGAUUCGAACGGUGUCUCGCGACAUAAGCCCCGAAUCAUCGAAAUACUGCGACUGUUACAACGAAUUCUACCAAGAAAAAGAAAACCAAACCGACGAUGCGAUGUGCCAAUCGUUUGAAAUGAGUCAUGAGUACGCUAGAAAAAUUGAAUCGCAACAGGCGGAAAUUGAGCUAUUGAACGCUGAGCUUGAUAAAAAGGAAUCAAGUUACGACAAAAUAUCCAAGGCCUAUGCAUCUCUACAACAACAGCUGGAAUCAGUGAAGUCAAUAAACGCUAAAUCGAACAACGGUAGUGAUUUUCAGAUUAACAUGGGUUACACACAGGUCGGAAAAACAGUUAAAUCAACGGCGGAAAGUGCUUCAGUGGAAGAUUUUUCAACGGCCAUCGCUGAUAAAACACAUUUAGCCAAUCUGAUCACAACACUCAAAUCGGAAUUGGCCUCAGCAAAUGCUCUGCUGAAAAUUAAAGAAAAGGACUACCACGAAGCCAAGGAUCAACUGAAACAGUCCAAAGGAGAUCUAAGUGAUGCAAAUAAACGAGUGUCUAUGUUUGAAAAACAGUGCGAAAAUUAUCGACAAACCAUCGAACAUUUGGAAGAUCAUCUGAAAACACAUUCCGACACCAUCAAGCGACUCGAAGAACAUCAAGACAUUCUCAAAACGCAAGUCGCUGAAUCUCAGGAAAAGCAGCAAAAUAUCCAAAAAUUGAUGGAAGAAAAUCGAAAGCUAGACUCAAACACAAAUUUCCUCAAUGUACAUUCAUCAUCGCCACCGGCCACCGCAUCAACUUGCAGCAACAACGUCAGUAGCUCCGCUUCGAACUGCUCAUGUCAUCGGUACCCGAGAGAAACGAGAGAAACCUCCGCAGAUAUCAUAAGCGAAAAUUUACAAACAUCAUUUCAAGAAAACCUGAAACUGAAUAAGGUGAUAACGUUGCUUCGCGACGAAAUUUUGUCGCUGCGUGAAAGAAUUAUUGAUGUCGAAACCGAUUACGUCACAUUGAAUGAUUCGUAUCGACACUUUAUAACGAUAACAUUUCAAUAUGAAAAUGAUUUACUGGAAGAGUUGGCAUUCAAGUCAUACGAUUAUGACGAAGAUUCGUUGUCAAAUGGCACGACAAACGUCGUGCAACCGCCAGUUGUGAAUGGCAUUCAGGAGAAAUUGAAUCGCAUGGAAAACGAUUAUGCGAAACGAAUGAAAAUUCAAGAAAUCUGCUACAAAAAGAAAUUGAGUGAAUUGCAAAGGAAUAUUAUGGAUUUAAAUCGACGAAUGGAGGCGCCAGACGCAGAAGCCAAUAAGUCUGAAGGGGAAGAAACACCUCGGUCUACGUUAAAAGAGCUCGUCGCACAAAUACAUCACCUGCAACAAGAAGUUAGAGAAAAAGAGAUGCUAAUCAAACGUAAUGAAAUCAGCAUGAACUUUAAGAAUGACAGUCUAAAUCAGAAAGUUGUGCGAUUAGAAAAACUGGUCGAACAGGAAAAGCUACUGAAUACGAAUUUAACAGCUGAGGUCGAUGUGUGUCGAAAAGAGUCAAGGCGAUUGAAAGAGUCAUCAUUAUCAACAAGUAAUGACCAACUGAAACAGCUAAAUGAUCUGAAACGCCAAAACGGGGAACACGUAGUACGGUUCGCAAAGCAACAUGACGAAAUUCAACGGUUAAACGCAAAGCUGAAAGAUGCGACCUUGAUCAAUACGCAACUAAAUGACGAACUCAAUGAAAAGACUGAACAAAUCUGCCAGCUUCACGGUGAAAACUCGAGAAUGUCAAUUGAAAUGACCAAAUUGGUUUCGGAAAUCAAAAACGACCAAGAGACAGCUAGCCAUAUGUCACUGCAGUUGGCAACGGAACGCAAAACGACAGAUUCUACGUCAAAAUCACUAGUCAAAUGCGAAGAACAACUGAAGAUGUUUACAGACAAGAGCCAACAAUUGAGUCGGGAAAAUAAUACACUGACGGAUAAUGUUGUUGAGCUCAAGGAGCACUUGACAGAAUCGCAAAGACGCGAAGACGUUUUAUCUCAGGAAAUCAAAUCACUAACCGAUCUCCUCAAAGAUGCACAACAUAAUCUUAAGAUCUCCAAUGAAAGUGUUCAUCGUCUUUCGAUAUAUCAGCAUAAGUUUGUCGAUUUGAAAAAAGCGCACGACCAACUGUUGGAAGAAAUCGCCGAAAAGGCUGCAAAUAUAAAAUCGACCGAAGUAAACUUGACAAAACUACAAAAUUCAUACGAUCUGUUGCUUUCGGAUUUUAACGAUCUGAAGGAAAUCAAAGGGAAGGCAGAGCAUACACUAAAAACGGCUAAUGAAUGGCAACAUGAACAACAAAGGCGUGAAGAAUUGAUAAAUAAAAAAAUCGCAAUGCAAUCGGAACACAUCAGUACUUUGUUAGACGAUCGAAAUGCACUUAUUGCAAAAAAUCAUGAGAUGCUUCGAGAUAUAUUCAUUCUGAAAGAAAAAUUGCAAGACUUCAAUUGCUAUUUGCCCAACGCUCAGUUCACAGAUGUAACGAGCAGCUUUUCCCUCAGUCGACCAAUUCUUCGUUUUCGCAGUGAUCCCCAAAUUAACGAUUUUGAGGAUUACCAACAGCGGCUAGAUUACAGUGUUAAACGAAUGACAACAAAUCUGCAGAGAACUAGAGCGUUUUGGGAGAAUGGAAUCAGUGAUGCAAUUCAGAAUAGGCCCAAACCAGUUGACACAAUGAUUGACGAUGACAGCAUAACCGAGUCACCUCGAGUCGACGAUACAUUGCUAUAGAUUUAAUGCGCCAAAUUUUGUUUAGUUACAGUUGAGAGAAUUGCAAUAAUGAAAAAAAAUUGAAAAAAAAUUGAAAAUAUGAUGUUUCUGGAUUUUUAUUUCAUUUUUUAAGCUGCCUAUUGGAUUUGAAUAUGCAAACAAGUGAAUUUAUAUAAGUUCAAACAAAUUGUGAAAUGAUCGAUGCCUUAUAAAAAUAGUGAUAAUCACAUACGGAGAAACUUGAA